AUGAAGCUCCUGGCUCUCGCCCUGCUCGCCCUGCUGCGCCCGGCCCGCGGUGAGGAGGGGGCCAGGCUGCUGGCCUCCAAGUCGCUGCUGAACAGGUACGCGGUGGAGGGCAAGGACCUGACCCUGCAGUACAACAUCUACAACGUCGGAUCCAGUGCUGCUCUGGAUGUGGAGCUGUCGGAUGAUUCCUUCCCCCCGGAGGACUUCGGCAUCGUCUCUGGGAUGCUCAACGUCAAGUGGGACAGGAUCGCUCC